CCGGGGAACCAGGACCCUCCGGGGUCGCCGGGCCCGACGCCGCGGGGGCGGUCCCUCUCGCUCCGGCCCCGCGGGGAUCUCUUUUUUUUUUUUUCUUUUCUUUUUUUUUUUUUUUUUUUUUUUUUCCCCCCCCAAAAUCGAGUGGGGGGCUCCGUUACCACGGCGACGGGCCUAGGCCCGCGGGCUGCGGCCUACCCAGCUACUCGAGCGGGGGCUUCGUUGCCGCGGCGACGCGACCCCGGUGAGUCACGGGAGCGGCGGCGGCGUGAGACCCGUGGGGACGGCAACCCCCCCCCCCCCCCCCCCGGCCCACCCCGGACAUGCGGCUGCCGUGGGGAAGGGGCUGACCCCACGCUGUGUCCUCCAGCCCUGCUUUCGCCAUGGCCUCCCAGCCACAGCCCCUGCGCCCUGCCUUGCCCUGCGCCGCUGCCGGGGGGGCCGGGCUGGUGGCCGGCAGCCCCGAGAAAGGCAAUGCUCGCCCCAAGCCACCGGUGCGCCCCAAACCCCGGGUGCUACCCAAGCCGGCCGUGCCCGCCAAGCCCUCCCUGCCGCCCACCCCCCCGGGGCCACGGCACCCUCGCCCUGAGCUGCCCUCCGCCGAGAAGAUGAACCGCCUGGCAGGGCCCCAGCCCUAUGGGGGGGGCAGCUUGGGGGGGCCCCUCCGGCGCCCCUCCUUCACCCUCAAGUCACCCGAGACCCCCAACGGGAAGGGGCUCCUGUCCCCGCCGGUCGCAGCCGCUGAGGACUCGGGUUUGACCCCUGGCGAGGAGGUGCCCCCCACCCCGCCGACCCCCUCUCGCAAGGGCCCGGCUCCUUUCAAGGUGACGCCGGUGCUGGUGGCCACCAAACUGGAGCGAUUUCCAGGCACCACGGUGGAGGAGAUCCUGGCCAAAAUGGACAGCAGGGAGGGCCCGGGCAGCCCAGACCGGGCUCGGCUCUCACCCUUCUGCCCCGACCCUUCCUCACGCUUCGGCUCCAAGACCUUCACUGCCUUCCGAAGGCGUCCCAGCGGGGAGGUGGACGUGGCCCCCCCCGGCCAGACACCCCAACCCGUGGCGGGCGAGCUGGGGACGAGGGACGACGGGCACCCGGUCGCCGAGACGAGCGGCUCCUCCCCAGCCGGCCCAAGCUGUGCCGGGGACCCCCGCGGACGCCGGAGGCCGCCAUCCCCCCGUGACCUCUCCUCUCUCCAGCCGGGUGCCCUCGGACCCCCCGGCUCCCCAAGGCCCCCCACCUGCCCGGCCCCGGGAGCUCCCUUCCAGCCCGCCGAGCCCUCUGCUUCGGCCCCCGGCUCUCCCGAUGCCCCCCCUGAGCUCCCAGCCCCCGGCUCCCCCACCCUGGCCCCCGGCUCCCCCAAAUCCCCGCCUCGGGCUCCAGCCGAGCUCUCGGCCACCUCCACCCAGGCCCCGGGUGCUCCCUCCUCUGCCGCUGAACCCCGCCUCGGCGUGUCCUGCUCCCCCGGCUCCCCCCACACUCCUGGGGAGGGAUCCCCCGAUACUGCCAGCCCCCCCGGCACUCCCGAACUGCCCCCCAGAGUCACCUGCCCCCCUGGUUCUCCUGAGGCUGCCCCUGAGUACCCAGGCCACCCCAGCCCCCCCCCUGAGCCCCCUACUAAAGCCUCUCGUCCCCCAGGCUCCCCGGAGGGACCUGAUGACUCCCCAGUGUCCUCACAGUACCCCGAGGGACCUGAUGACUCCCCAGUGUCCCCACAGUACCCCGAGGGUUCUGAUUUCAGCCUCGCGCCCUCUGCCAGGGACUCGGGGCUCCGGCGCUCUUCAGAGGGGGUGUUGCAGCCCCGGACUGCGGGGCAGGGUUUGGGGGAGCUGGGGGGCUCUCUGAGCGCCCUGCCCCGUCCUGGUGACCCCCUGUCAGAGCCAUCCUUGGGCAGCGAGUCCGGCUGGAGCCUCUCCCAGUCCUUCGAGUGGACAUUCCCCUCGCGGGGGGCACGGCGGCUGGCAUCCCCAUCCCGGUCCCCCAUUCGGGAGACGGCCGACUCGGGGCUCUCUGAAGAGGGCGAGUCGGACGGGGAGGACCUGGACCCCAGCCCCCCACACUCCCAGGGGGACAGUGGGUCUGAGGGGCCUGGCCCUGCGGCAGCCAGCAGCCGGGGAGCGGAGGGGGCUCCGUGUCCGGGGGGUCCUGUGGCCCAGCGAGAGGAGGAGGAGGAGGAGGAGGAGGAGGAAGGGGAAGCAGAGCAGGAUGCCACCCUGCCCCGCUCCCCUCUCUGCGUGACGGAGCCUGGCUGGGACCCGGCUGAGCCCGAGCCCCCUCCCCAGCCCGGCCUCCUUAUUGAGGCCGCCCCACCGGAUCCCACCACGGUGGGUGACUCCCCUGUGAGCCUGCAGGGCCCCGGUGGGCCGGGCCAGGCCGAAGGGUCCUCGGGGGGCCCCGACCCCCACCCCGACCCGGGCUGGCUGACGGAGCUGCUGGCGUCGCCCGGGGCCCACGCUGUGGGUCAUGGCUCUCCGGAUGCGGAGGGGCCGGAGGACCUGCUGGGCUGGUCGCGGAAGGACCUGUGCAGCGAAUUUGGCAUCGGCAGCCCUCGCCAGACCAGCACCUUCGACUGGACCCGUGAGGCUGUGGCCAGGGAGAGAGACUGGCCCGGUGAGACGGAGCAGGACCGGGAAUUUGGGACCAAAUCAAGCUGGGACAGCACCUGCAGCGUCAAGGAUGGGGACCGGCAGGAUGGGCCCUUCGGCACUGCCGGGAGGGACUGGGGCAACGAUUACAAAGAGACGGAGCUGAUGGAAGAAACAAGACUGGGCUGCGGCGACUGGUCCAAAUCCUGCGGCGCGGGGGAAAGCUGCCUGCAGGGCCAAGACUUCAGUGCUGGCAAACCCAAGUGGGGCACAGGCUACGGCUUGGAGAGCGCGGGCAGCAGGGAGCAGGCUGGCACUGGGAAGGCCGACUGGAGCAGCAGCUACGGUGUGGGGCACAGCCAGCAGCAGGAUGAGGAGCCAGGCCCUGGGCAGCCCAGCUGGGCUGGCAGGUACGGAACAGGGGACCCGGAGAGCCGGGACAGGGAGACCACGCCUGCGUGGGCUGGUGAGUACAGCACCAGCGAUGCGGAGAUGAAGGACAGGGAGCUCGCCCCAGACUGGGCCAGUAAAUACAGCAGCAGGGAUGCUGAGACCCAGGAGAAGGAUUUUACGCUGGGAUGGGCUGGCAGAUCCAGCACUGGGGACACUGGGACCCCAGACAAGGAAUUCAACCUCAGCAGACCGGCCUGGGACAGCAAGUACAGCACCAGGGACAUGGAGAACCAGGACAGGGAGUUCAGCCCCAGCAGACCAGCCUGGGAUAGCGAGUACCGCAGCAGGGACAUGGAGAGCCAGGACAGAGAGUUCAGCCCCAGCAGACCAGCCUGGGAUAGUGAGUACCGCAGCAGGGACAUGGAGAGCCAGGACAGGGAGUUCAGCCCCAGCAGACCGGCUGAAGCCAACGAGUUCUGCAGCAGGGACGUGGAGAGCCGAGAUGGGGAGUUCAGCCCCAGCAGACCGGCCUGGGAUGACGGAUACAGCACCAGGGACGUGGAGUGCCGGGACGGGGAGUUCAGCCCCAGCAGACCGGCCUGGGCCAGCGAGUACAGCAGCAGGGAUGUGGAGAGCCAGGACAGUGGGUUCAAACCCAGCAGACCGACCUGGGAUGACGGGUACAGCAGCAGGGACGUGGAGAGCCAGGACCGGGAGUUCAGCCCCAGCAGACCGGCCUGGGCCAGCGAGUACAGCUCUGCAAACACCGAUAAAGAAGAAAGGGAGUUUAGUCCUGGCCGGCUGAGCUGGGCUGGUGAGCGCAGCAUCGGCCAAACCGAGCUGGUCGAUGCUUUUGGUGUCGGGAAGGAUGACUUGCCUGGCUGCCGUGGCCCCGACGCCCCAGCCCCGCAGCCCGGCUGGGGCAGCACCGACCGGCGGGAGCAUGGUGCCACCGAUAGCAGGGACUGGGCUGAAGAGCUCGGAGGAGCCGAGCGCCACAACCAAUUUGGCAUCAUUGGGACGGAGCGAGUGCCAGAUCCCUCCAGUGCUGGAGCGUCACCCGAUGCCUCUGUGUCCUGGGCUGGUGCAGUGAGGCCCGGGGGCCGGCAGGAGCCCCUGGGCGACUGGCCCAGCGAUCUCUCCUUCCGCAGCUCGGAUGCCACCACCUGCCUGGGCACUGGAGAUGCCGGCGGGGCCGGACCGGGCCAGUCAGGCUGGGGUCAGGGCCUGGGCAGCGUGCCUGCCUCUUGCAGCUCUGCCCAGCCUGUGCUGGAAGAGCCGGGCUGGAGCCAGGACCUCAACGCGGUCGACUGGAGCGCGGAGCUGCGCGACGCCGAGGCCAAGCGCCGGGAGUGGGCUAGCGCGUUCGGCGCCCGCUGCGCGGCCCGCAGCCGGGACUUCGGCGGCGGGGAGCAGAGCCUGCUAGAUGACGCUGGCUCGGCGGAUGGAAGCAUCCGCCUCUCGGACCCCAGCCCACCCAUGGAUGAUGCUCUGGCGGAGCCCCCCCAGAGCGAGCCGCCCAGCCCCACCGAGGAGGAGCGGGACCUCCCCGAGCCGGCCGCUGCCCCACGGAGCCCCAGGGCCUCCCCUCUGCUGCCGGACACAGAGAGCGGAGAAGCCCCCUCGGACCACCCGGAUGGGAAGAGACCACUGAGCUGGGAGGAGAAGCGGCUCUCCCUGGACACCCCUCAGCCCGAGGGACCCACAGACCACGCCGGGCAGGAAUUCACCUUCCUGGAGGACACGGAGGUCCUGGACAGCAGCGUGUACCGCAGCAAGGCCAGCCUGGGCCGCAAGCGCCGGCACCGCGCCCCGGCCCUCCGCCCCGGGGCCUCCUCGGACGGGGACGGGUGGAUCUUUCGGGACUCCACAGAGCCCCUUCCAGCCCGCCCGGCAGCGUCCUCAGACGAGGAGGCAGCGGAAGAACCCAAGAGCCGGCGGGUGCGAGCGUCUCCAUCGGGAAAGGGGGUCAAGGUGCCACUGUUCCCCGGCCUCAACGCCUCCGCCCUCAAGGCCAAGCUGAGGGGCCGAAACCGCUCGGCCGAGGAGGGGGCACCGCCGGGGGACAGCAAGGCAACCCCCGCCAAGGACCCCCAUGUGCAGCGCUCCAAGUCCUGCAAGAUCCCCGGCUUGAGCGGGAAACCCCUGGCGCUGCCCCCCAAGCCAGAGAAGUCCUCAGGAUCCGACGCCUCCCCCCCACACUGGCUGCAGGCACUGAAGCUGAAAAAGAAGAAGCCUUGAGUGGGGUUCGGUCUCGGGCCGGCACGUCCCCAGAGGCUGACGGCCACGGUCCCCUCCCCACGCGGGGACACACUCACACACAUCUAUGCACUUUGUACGAUGCUCGCAGGGUCCCCGUCCCCCUCUCUGGCACUUUCCCCCCACCCCCCCUGCCUCCCCCCACCUCUCAGUCCCUGGGGGCUGGGGGGUGGGCAGCGAGCCCCCUCCCUUCCCCUCACCCCCUGCUCUUGUAUCACCCUCAGACAAAGAGCAACAGGUCAGGAUUUUGGUGCCACUUUGACAGGACAAUAAAACUUUGUUGAUUGGUUC